GUGUGCAUGUAUGUCACAAUAAUAAUAUUGCAAUUUGUGUGCGUUCUUCCCAAAUUCUCCGUUGGGCUGGCUGUAAAAUCUGGUUGUCUGCUUCAAAAUGGCAGUCUGUGAUCGAGGAAUAAACUGGGGUUGGGUUCAGACGAGACCAGACACGUGAAAGAGUCGGCUGCAAUGUGUCACAAAUGAUAAAUCUUUGAGGGAUUUCAUCAUUGAAGAUAAAUAAUACUGCCUGGUUUGCCCACCAUACAUACAAUACAUCUUUCUCUACGUGCUGCGUGUGGGUCACUGUCCACAGCUGCCACACGCUCCGCAUGUUGAGAGUUGUGUGUGCGUGCACACGCAAGCUUGAUCCCAAGUUGGUAAAGUGUGUUUAUCUGUUCUAGAGUGCCUACACGUUGUUCCGGUUGUAAGUCAGUCACAGUGCAUGGCCAGCGUAAUCAGUGAACGAAGGAUAUAAAGCAUUGCAACUAGCUCUUCCUUGGACACAUACAACCCGGAGUUGGAGCUAGCCACAAGUUUCAGUCCGUUAUUCCAGUACAAACAUUGAAGGGCUUGGGACCAUACCGUUUUUUCCUGUGAAUGGAAAUUUGGAUUUUAUGCCAUUUUUUUUGUUCUCCUUCAUAAUUGUAAGAGUACAACAUCAUCAUGGCUCGAGACGGCUUGAGUACAAGUCUACUUAUUUUGAUAUUAGUGGUGACAAUAAGCUCAAACUAUGCUGAGCAGGUUACCGUGAUCAACUCCACCCCAUUGGUGUCCAACAGCGACACACUACUGUCCUGCCUGGAUGCCGGGGCUGAGCCACCGAUCACCCCAGCCUCUCAACUCACCGUCGGCAGACUCACAAACACAGGGGAUGUCUUCGUGGGUGACUUGAACGGAGAGAUUAGCCAAGACGGGGAGCGUCUUGAGGUCCGAUGGGGGAGCCAGAUGGGGGAGAGCCGGCGUGGGGUUUUCUACUGCGUCGGAACUCAACAGGACAAGAAAGUUGUCACCAUUAAGAUGUACAGAGAAGCUUUGAUCCAACCAAAGCGUCUCACCGUGACAGCAAGCCUUGGCGAGCGAAUCCGUCUGGUGAUGGUCAACACCGGAAGUCGGGCAUCGACCAACACCGCCCAGUGGUCCUUCAACGGGGACGUGGGCGCGUUGAACGGCACCAGCCUGCAGUCGAGCUCGGAGGAAGAGUCCUACGUUAUCGAGAGCGUGCGACAGGAGGAUGCUGGUGUGUAUGAGGUGUACCCAUUGUCGGACCAAUCCAGGGCAGGUUUCAUGCGCCUCAUCGUACGAGCGUGUUCAGAGGGCAAGUUCGGUACCGGCUGCCAGCAGGAUUGUCCCCGUUGCAUCCACGGUGGCGUUUGCGACGAUGUUACCGGUGUUUGUAUUUGCCCUCCGGGGUUCAUGGGAACAGAGUGUGAAAUCGGAUGUGGCAGUAACAGAUUUGGACCGACAUGUGAAUCCCAGUGCAAGGCCGACAACUGCAGACACAUGCAUUUUUCGCUACCAGACCCCUUCGGCAGCUCCUGUGCAACAGGUUGGACCGGACUGGCUUGUGACACACCUUGUGAAGACGGCAAGUAUGGCGCUGGGUGCACGCAGGAUUGCCAAUGUCCGCAGUCUAUCUUGUGUGAUAGUUACACUGGUGACUGCAUCUGCUCGCCGGAUAAAAUUGGACCGACAUGCCAAGAGGAUAAAUAUUUCUUUAACGCCAGUGAAACCAGGGUAGUCCUUGGGAGCGACGUCCGUGUUUCUCUCAUGUGUGGGUGCCAGCAGACCGUUACAGACUGUCCGGCAAUUCAUAUAGAGAUUUUGGAACCGAGCACAUUUCCAGUUGGAGCCAACAAAAGGCUGGCUUUAGAUCAAAACAAGCAAACAGCGACCUUCACCCCGUAUCGUACUAGCGGAGAUUGGAGAUUUAAAUGCACCAUUGGUAUCGGCUCUGACGCCAAAACCUUAUUUUUCAACAUGAUCGCUGUCGAAAAUCCUCCCGUUGUGUCCAUGGUAGACAUCGAGUGUAACUCGGGAGACUCAGUGACCUUUCAGUGUAGUGUCAACAACGUCGACCCCGAUGAUGUAACUGUCCGGCUCAUCCCUCCAUCCGGGUCCAGCUUGAAUCCCACGUCCUUUUACAGCAGUGGAAGGACACACGUGGUAUUCUUUGAUAUCGAGAACGCCAUCGAAGAUCAAGAAGGGGUGUAUACGUGUGAGGCAAGCGGCGGGGGAGGUGUUGCGAGCAGUCAGGCUACUCUGAUGGUCUAUGAGCCACCAGUUCCAGUUAAUCCUCCGACCAUCAUGUCCGUGACCUGCAAGACGGCAACCAUUCAACUCAACUCCGACAGUUUCAGCGGAGACGGGAAAGUCAGAAAGUUCUCGUUGGAGUACAAGCAGGCACAGCAAAACUUCUACACCCCCAGAGAUGAGGAGGCCCUUCCAUCAGACGGAGUCACCUACAUGGAGGGUCUGCAGGGAAAGACGGAGUAUAGCGUACGGGUGGUCUUGAUCCGGGACGGCGGGAACUCUAACGCCAGAGGUCUGCCGGGGCCCGCGACCAGCUUUUUCACCGAUCAUAGUCCUCCCACAUCAAGACCAACCAUUUAUGUGGAUAAUCCAGAAGAUAUAUCAACAGAGCUUGUUGUUUCUUGGGAGGCCGACAUUUCUGGAGAAGACGAAGUGGAUGGUGCAGUGAUUUUCUACAAGCCGUUAGGCAGCGAUCAAGAGCAGCAACUGAAUAUCACAGAUCUGGAAUUCCCUGGGAGUGCCAGUCUUACAGGCCUCAAACCCUACACAACCUACUCGGUGACAAUGCGGUUCUUGAACUGCGCUGGCUAUGGGAGGAAGAGCUUAAGAAAGUCACAGGCCACAAAUGAAGGAGCACCUAGUAGUGUCACAAGCCUUGUUGUUGACGUGCUCUCCUCAGACCGCAUCUCUGUCUCUUGGCAGGCCCCCGAAGAACUCAACGGGAACCUCAGAUUCUACCAGGUGUCGUACCUGGAGUUUGUCAACGGCGGGGCGGAGAACGAGCCGGUCGAGGUCAACGUGGGUCUGCUGACCUCUCAGGUGAUCGCCAACCUUAAACCUAACACCAUAUACCUCAUCUCCGUUGUGGCGUACACAGAGCGGGAGGGAAAGGAAUCGGAGACACUUGAGGUUGUCACUCGCGAGUCGUACCCAGCAGGUCCCCCCCUCGACGUGACGGAGGUCAUUGCAACCACCAGUACCAUCGAGUACACCUGGUCCCCGCCUGCUGAGGACCUGCAAAACGGCGAGAUCGUCCGCUACGAAUACAUCUCUACCAGGGCAUCAGGCGGGGACAGUUCAUCAACGAAGUUUGGCAAUGUCUCACGGACGAGCGUCGUCAUUGAUGAGCUUGAGCGCAGUGUCAUAUAUCAAUUCCGUGUGCGAGCGUACACGGUCGUUGGUCAUGGACCAUACAGCGAAAUAGUCCUGGGCAGAACUCGAGACGAAGAUAUAUCUACCAUGGUGCCUACAACGCCUACAAAAAAAGGAGGCCUUUCUGGAGAAACAGGUCAAAACGAAUCUGGACCGUACACUGACGGAGCUGGUGUGGCUAUAAUAGUUGUGGCUGUGAUGGUUGGCAUUGUUUUGGUCAUGGCACUGGCCGUCGCCUUGUCAACCUUUUAUUUCAAGAGUAAGAGACAAAGCCAUGAUAUAGACCCCACUGUGGAUCCCAACUUCACCAUGCGAUUUUCAGAUCUUAUGCGACAGAGGUCAAUGUCCAAUGAGUACAACGACGGCACAGGGCAAAACCUUCUUAGUCCCCUGGCGAUGCCUGGGGGCAGUUUCACCUUCGUGCCUACCUCACCGACCUCCCCCGGUUCACCCGGCUCGCCCAAGUCCCCGACGAUCCCUGCCUACUGGUACAUUCCAUGGAACAGUAUCGUUAUGGAGAACAUGAUCAUUGCCGAGGGUAACUUCGGUCAGGUGGUGAAGGCAGUCAUCAAGAAGGACGGAGUGGCUCUAGAGGCUGCUGUUAAGACCCUAAAAGCUGGUUCAACUGAGUCCGACAGGCGAGAUUUUAUUGGAGAGCUUGAGAUAAUGUGCAUGGUUGGAAGCCAUCCAAACAUUGUCAGCUUAAUCGGUGCUACUGAAUAUGCUGGUAUCUUGUACGUCGCCACUGAAUACGCUCAUCAUGGAAAUCUUUUGAACUUCUUGAGGCAGAGCCGCCAGCCGGACCCCGAACAGAACUACACCAACCAGGGUGCAGGUGCCAGCAGCAGUUUUGAUGCUGGCUUCAGCUCGGAGCAGCUGUUGCAGUUCGCCGCUGAUGUGACCAGGGGCAUGCAACAUCUGUCUGAGAAAGGGUGUGUUCAUCGUGAUCUAGCUGCUCGUAAUGUGCUGGUUUGUGAUGACCUGGUUUGUAAGGUGACUGACUUUGGACUCUCUCGCAGUGAUGAGGUGUACGUUAAGACUACCGCUGGUCGUUUACCAGUACGCUGGAUGGCUAUUGAAUCUCUCAACUACAGCGUGUACACAACCAAGAGUGAUGUAUGGUCGUUUGGAAUUCUCCUGUGGGAAAUUGUUUCACUUGGUGCCACACCCUACCCAGGAAUCACCUGCGCUGAACUUUAUGAGAGGCUGCCCCUGGGCUACCGCAUGGAACCCCCACUCAACUGCGACGAAGAAGUGUAUAACAUCAUGCGUCACUGCUGGAGAGAUCGUCCUCAUGACAGGCCUACCUUUGAGCAGCUGAAUAUUGCUCUGACUAAAUUGGCGGACGCCCACAAGCCGUAUGUGAACACUGAGCUUUUGCGCAAGAGCAACUUUGACUUUGUCCCAAUCAACUCUGGGGAAGAUACAAUUGGUCCAUCGACACCUGUGUGAUGCCUGAUUGGUCCAUCAACUACAAGACUCUUAAAUGGUGAAUCCAAGACAUAAUAUGACAUGGAAGGAGAUACCUGAUUGUUUAAUCAAGAAAGAGAUCCGUCUGCCACUCGUGGAAGCAGUGUUUCGAUUGGGCAGGCUCAGGUUUGAGAUUUUCCAAUAGUGUCAUAAAGCUGGGCAGUGUGAAAAUACUGCUUCCAAUUUGUGUUUGCUCAUUGCAAAGAAAAGGUGCUAAGUGAAGACAAAUCAUGCUUACUGAAAACAGACAACCAGCCACAAUGUCAUACAAAGUAAGCCUAUAUUGCUGGUGGCCCGUAUUAUUUUCUGGUUAGCAAAUACAAUUAUCAAGCAGUGUUCUCACUCGAGCAGCUUUCUGACCCUAGACAUGUUUAUUUUGAUGUCUACACAAAGUUAACGGUUUAACAAAACAUAUUGAAAGAGAUAAGAAUUAACUAUACAUACUAAAUAGUAAACUUGCGGGUACAACUAUGUAUAAGAUCUCUUAUGAGGGAGUGUUGUCUCUUAAAAGAGCCGGUGUGGUCUCGAUGAUUUGAAACGUAUACUUUGCUUGUCUUCAGGAGAAACGUGAAACCAUGCAAAGCUUCAAACACCAUUGAUUAAAAGAGAUGUUUCAAAGAGGUUUUUGGUUUUGGUGAGUUUGAAGGCAUACGUGAAAUGAAAUGGUAAAGCAAAGCAUUAUCCUUUAGUUUACCGUUUACCAGCGGCAGCCAUCAAGGGAUUACAUCUAAGUUUACGAAACAACCUGAGAAGAGGCAGCUAGGGAAAUGUGAAUUUUUUUUCUUCUUUGAGAUUGCCUGGAACUGGUAGCCUGUACAUGAGUUGCACUGUGUGACACGGCUUUUAUCCCUAAAUUCUGCUCAUAUUGAUGCAAUAAAAAGAUGCAAUAAAAAAAAUUAAAAAAUGCAGGAUAACGUUUUGUGGAAGAAGUACAACUAGUUGACUAAUUGGUGGGUAAGGACUUAACUGUGGGGCAAGCUAAAGUAUCACCAAAAUCGCAAGGUACCUUACCACAUUGUUAUACCAUGAUGCAUUGUUACUUGGGGAAAGGUACUACAAGAUUGUUUAAAAAUUAGGUUAAGUACGACUGCAGUAGUUUUAGGGAAGGAUUUGUACUACCAAAGUCUUUAACGCUAGUUUAAAAGUACCACUGUGCUGCAGUAGUUUAAGUUCUAGAUAAGAAUGAAUUGAACAGGUGGAGUGUUUAAGCACUAGGUUAAGUUCUACUGCAGUAGUUCUAGGUACUAGUGAGAAGGAAUUGUACUACAAAGGUCUUCACAAUAGUUUAAAAGUACCACUGUGCUGCAGUAGUUUAAGUUCUAGAUAAGAAUGAAAUGUCCAGGUGGAGUGCUUAAGCUAUAUAGGGUACUACUGCGAUAGUUUAAGUACUAAUUUAUAAAGAGCUGCACUAUCAAAGUGUUUCAAAACACUUAUUUAAGUACUAAUGCAGUAUUUUAAGUACUAUCAAGUUUAUAAGAAAAUAAUGGUACUACCAGAUAGUAAGUUAAAGCAUGUGGUACUACCAGUGUGUUUAAACAACUAAAUUUUGACAGUUUAUACAAAACUGUAGUUCAAAGGAUAAAAAGUAAGGUUUCUUCACCAGCAGUAAAGUACUAAUAAUAUUUGAAUUUCUACUUAACAUUACAUAAUAAUGUAAACACGGCAUAAGUUAAUGCUGGCUUCUGUAGGCAUAUUUUCAGCUGAUUGGCUGAUGUUCUUCUUUUUUAGUGCCAUAUAAAGUAGUCAUAUGGGGUUGACAGGGGACAAGACAAACGUGGGAACAAGAUAAAGGUACUACAGUCAUUUAGCUGUAGGUUCUUGUGCAAAGACAAGUGCUAGAAUAGGUAGCUCUUCAGCUACACUUCCGAAGAGAUAUUUAGGUGUACAUUAAAGUUUAAAUCUACAAAACCAGGAGGCGAUUCCACAAAGAGUUAAGAUUAAUCUUAAAGGCGAAUUAAUCUGAACUGCUAAGCAAAGUGUGAUGACACAAAACAAAUCACUGUGGCAAUCUAAGACAACUUAAUUUGAGAUGAAUCUUAGUGUUUUGUGAAAUAGAGCCGAGUUGUUAUACACAAGAUAUAAAGGGACAUGCAUACGACCUAUUGUGCAAUUCAAAAUUAUAGACGAUAAAUCAAAGUUUGUAUGAGAGAUUGGUUGUUGCCAGCUUUGGUGUUUAUAGAGAGACGUUGCAGGCGUGCGGAUACAGAUACAGAUACGGAUAUGAUAACCGUAUUUGUUCACGUCAUCGUGUUUGAUUUUGUUUGCACCACACAUGGAUCUUUUUGCAAAUACUUGGUACGCGCGCUGUAAGCGUUGAAUGAAGUGCAUGCUAGCAGUCACUUUUGAUCCCUAGCUAGACCAGCAUGCACCUCAUUCAACAGUUAGCGCUUGCGCAAAGUGUAUUUAUGAAACAGUUUAUAGUUUAAAUUGACCCUCUAAAAUGGCGCCACCAAGAGUUGGUGUAGAGUGAUGAUAUCAGGGGUGAGUUAGGUCAAAAGGUCAAAAUAAUGAUAUGUAUGUUUAUAGAAGAAGAGCACUCGGUGGAAAAAGUAGGCCUGUGUUGCAAUAGGGAAACAUUUUAGUUUAGUGUUGGGUAUUAAUGCUAAAGGGGAAGCUGCAUGAUUUAUGUUUGCAAUUUGCAUAUUGUAUACAUAUGAAUCUUGUAUUUGUGCAAAAAUUAGCACAGACUAAUUAUGUUUUCUAUUAUUACUGUUUUUUUAUUAAAAACGUAUGUUUGUCUCAGCCCGAAGACUGAAUUAUAAUGCAGGUUUACAUUUUUUUAUAUAAAUAAUUAUAAAAGCACAGGAGAAUAUUUAUACACAAGAAACAUUUAAAAAUUUAAAAGCGAAAGACAAAGGAGACAUUAUGAGAACUAAAAUUAGAUAAAACAUAGACAAUAAAUUUUUUCAAGCACACUUAACUUACCAGCAUAUAUUGUUACCAGCCAAAAUAGCAAAGUCACUUGUACAACCUGUCACUUGUAUCCUGGGCCCAAUUUCAUAGAGCUGCUUUGUCUAAGCAGACAAGUUUUUUGCUUACAAAUUUUGUGCUUAGCAAAAAUUUGCAGGAUACCAGUCAUAAAUUGUGCAUGCGACAUAGUAUUUUUUGAUUUGUAACCUUAUUCUGGUAAGCAUGUUUUGGUUGUGCUUAGCUACUUAUUGUGCUUAAGCAGCUCUUAGGAUGCGCUCAUAUUUGUAUUGUAGAAUAUUGCUCAUCUUGGCAAUAUUUUCUGGUUAUAAAGAUAGUGUUGCUAUUAUUUAAAAGGAGCAGCAUAAUAAGAAUUUAACUAAUGUAAAUAUGAUGUAAAUAUUUAAGUGUUUUGACAAGGAGAAAUGUCAAAGUAAUUUUCUCUUUUCACCAAGGAGAAGAAUCGGGAUUUGUUUUUCAAAGGUUGACGUAAAAAUAAGCUUACAAUGGUGUACCAUCCUUUUAUAAUGAUUUUGUUGGUGUUUUUUAUUGGGGUGGGAGGUUGUUUGAUGUUGGGUUGCCUUUUUUUUAAAUUUUAUUAUUAAUCAUGAUUGUGAUAAUGGCACUUUCCCCUCGCAUUUUUGUGAAAUCAAAUCUGUGGCUAUCUGCUCCUUGGUUGUGUAUAUUUCUAGAGAGGCACUACUAAUUCAUUCCCUUCUUAGUCCCUUUCCUUUGUGGAAAUUUAGAAAAUGUGUGUGAUAUAUUAAGUGAAGUUAGUAAACAAAAUAGCAUGAACCACUCUAUUAUUGACAUUACCCCUAACUUAGGAUAUGAAACCUUGCCAUAACAAAACCUGCAGGGAAAGUAAUAAUCUUAAGAAAUAUUUAUUUGUAAUUGUUUCAACUGCUCAAACUAUUUCCUCCAGGAGUCCAGGGGUCGAUUUCACAAAGAGUUGGGACUAGUCCUAACUUAGGACUCUAGUCCUAAGAGAAAGUAAAAAAGCAAAGCUGGUCUUAAAAUAAGACGAGUAACUCUAACUCGAGAUAAGACUAGUCUUAACUCUUUGUGAAAUCCACCCCAGGUCAUGUCCGAGCCUCUUGAUAUUUACUAAGCCUCUGCAGGUACACAAUACAGUUGAAUAAGUUCAUAAUUUAUGUGUGUGAGAUAAAGUUACAGUAAUUAAUUAUUUCAUUUGGUUGACUAAAGUUUACCUUUAUGUACCCUUACACAAUAAUGGUUUUCAAAUCAGUCCGUCAAUAACUAUAAUUGUUGUUGAAUCCAUGCGAAUGGCACUUCAGGCUUAUAGUUAUCAACUCUGGUUUUUUUUUUUAUUUAACUAUAACACUGGUAACUGUUACUCUGGUUAUUGGCCUUAACUAAAACUCUGGUUGCUGGUUUCAGCUUUAUCUCUGGUUAUUGGUUUUAACUAAUCUCCAGUUAGUGGCGUUACCUAUAUCUCUAGGUAUUGGCUUCAGCUAUAAACUUUGGUAACAUUGGCUGUAACUAUAACUCUGGUUCCUGGCUGUAACUAUAACUCGGGUUUACUGGCUUCAGUUAGAAUUCUGGUUAUUGGUUUUAACUCUUCUCCGGGUAGUGGCGUUACCUAUAUCUACUCUGGGUAUUGGCUUCAGGUAUAAACUUUGGUCAUUGGCUUUAACUCUGGUGACUGGCUUUAACUAUAACUCUGGUUACUGGCUUCAGCUGUAACUCUGGUUAUUGGUUUUAGCUAUUCUACGGUUACCGGUUUAAGUUAUAUUAUGGUUAUUGUCUUCAGUAAUGUUGCAUUGAUCAAUCCAUCGCCACAUUCCACUAUGGCUUCGAUCCUUUAUGGCUGCGAUCCUCUUUGGCUUUCGAUUCCAAAGCCGUUUUUGUCACUUACUACUGGUAUUGUUUAAAUUCAAGAACAAAAGUGCCCGAUAAUAACAUCUAUGUAAUCAAGAUAAAUGUACAUCGAUAUGUACUUGGAAGCUUUAUUUAAAUUGUAAUUAAUAUUAUUUUAAACAUUAUUAUAUUUUGAUACUAACGUGGAUUGUGUAUAGAGGUAAUACACAAAUACAUUUCUUAUUUUUUUGGUGUUCCGGAAGGUGCUGAGUUUGGUAAAGAAAACCUUACGUAUUAUUAAGUCUUGCCAACUAUAAUUAACUUUGUUUAUCUAAAUAAUGAACUGUAAACAGAUUUUUGUCAAAGAUAUAUGUUUUUAAUCUGGACGGUAGUUGGUUCAAGUCAUGCUCUAGUCUUUUUUUUUUAGUCAGUUUCCCCUGUGGUUUAUCACUGUUGAUAAGGGAAAAAAAUAUGAUAACUUACAAUGCUUUUUAGCUGAGCAUGAAAACUGGCACACGUUUGUACUCUGUACUCAAAUCAGCCAAUCCUAACGUUCAAAACCAUUUCUUGUGACAGAUAAAAAAUUACUUUAGAGCAAUUAUGGAAUGAAAAAUUACAAAACUCACUGGUUCAAUGGCAAAAGGCAAGAACAGUGAAAAUAUAAACAAUCACAACAAAAUUAGGAGGGAUUUGUAAAAAACAAAGUACAAGGAAAAUCGAAGCUAAGUCCAAACUACUCGGGGUUUUUUCUUUCUCAAAUCAUCCAAAGACAAAACUAGCUCAAUGAUAAUGUACUCUGAUAAUAAGUGGAGAUAGUUUAGUGGGCGUGGCGUAGUGUGGGACAACGCCGUGUUCAGUUCUCAUCCUUUAAAGACACUGGACACUAUUGGUAAUUGUCAAAGACCAGUAUUCUCACUUGAUGUAUCCCAACAUGGGC